AUGCUAAUCAAAACAGGUGAAAAUUUUAAAAACCCUUUCUCUUUCCUUUUCUAUCGUUCUCCCGCUAAACAAACGGACUUGGAAGCAAAAGAGCUAUCAAGAUUCAAGGGGCAAUUCUCCUUCUCAGAAGUGCUCAAGAACUCUCAAGAGGCAAUUCACCUUCUCAGAAGUGCUCAAUCUUCAAUGACUGAUUCUCGUUCUAGUACAAUCGAUGUAGAACCUGAUCAUGACAUUGGCGGUGAAUCUAACGUGUUUAAACCGGAUUAUGCGGAGAUUAUUGUAAUAUGUCACGGUGAAACUAUUUGGAAUGCCGAAGGUAGACUUCAGGGUCACCUAGAUGUUGAUUUAAAUAAGGUUGGGAGACAGCAAGCAAAUGCAGUGGCUGUCCAACUUUCCACGGGGCCCAAAAUCUCUGCUGUAUAUUCAUCUGACUUGAAGCGAGCUUAUGAGACAGCAGAGUUAAUAGCAAUCAACUGUGGUGAGCUUGAGGUUAGACGUGAAUGGCAGGGUCCACAGGGACAUAACUAG